UCAAUUUUCUCAUAAUUCAAACAAAUUUGAACAAAAUGAAACAUAAUGAACAAUUUAAAAGAGAAUUCCUAGCAUUAUCAGAAAGAUACCUAGCAUAUGGUUUAUCUAUUGAUAGUUUAGAAAAUGCAAUACGAAAGCCAAAAAGGUUCAAUAAAAAUAUUUUAUUAUAUUCCAUUGUUUUCCUGUUAAUAGCAAUUCUAUAUGGAUACAAUAUACUGCAUAUUUUAUCUUCACUGUUCAUAAAUAUUAGAGGUAUACGUUGUAUAGUACCAAACAAUUAUUUUGUUUGGGAAGCUACACGUCAAAUUUCAGACUGUUCUUUUUGCAUAAAUGUAAGCAAACCGUUAAUAUUUAAUAAUAUAAGUAAAGGAGAUUUUGCUCCUUAUGCAUAUACUUCAAAGCCUGUUAUUAUAAGAAAUGCAUUUUUGCAUUGGCCUGCGAUGAAAGAAUUCGAUUUUGAAUUUUUCAAAAAAAUGUACCAUGAGAAUGAAGAAGCUUACAAGAGUGUUGAUGAGGAAUGUCAAUUUCUUCACUUCAAAUCAGAUUUCACAUCAUUAAGAGAUGUUUUCUCAAUGGACCAAAAGAGGGUCACAAAUGAACCUGGUCAGAAGUCUUGGUAUGUAGGCUGGGGUAAUUGCCAUCCAGAAAUUUUAAGCAAAAUGAGAAAAUAUUAUCCCAAACCUCAUUUUCUUCCUGAUGAUUGUGAAAUGCCUUCGAAAGAAUAUGUGUUCAUGGGCUAUGAUGCAGGAGCAACAAUGCACCUAGAUUAUAUAAAUCGACUAAUGUGGCAAGCUCAACUAAAAGGUUCAAAAACAUGGCAUAUUAAAGCAGCACCUGAAUGUGAAAAACAGUGUAAUAGUCUCUCUUUCAUUGUGAAACCUGGUGAUGCUAUACUUUUAGACACACGAGUUUGGUACCAUGAAACUACAAUAACUCCGGGUCAAUUCAGUCUAUCUAUUCAAUCAGAAUAUGGAUGAAUUGCGUUGAAUUACAGCUAUUUCCAAUGAUUGUUUUCAGUUAUUUUAUCACUCCUACUAUAUUAUAAAUAAUAUUAAUAUAUUUAUUACAUUGAUCUAUCAUUAAUAAAUGAAUUAAAAAAUGAAA